ACAAUUACUCCGACCACACGCUAAUAGGCGGCACCACUAUUAAUAUGGAAGUUAGUGACCAUCAAGAUGGCUGCUACCAACUCGAGUAUAUCCAGUGAAAAUCCAACAAAGAAAGAGGAUGAAUUCAACGAAUUUUAUACGGAAGUGAAAGAAAUAGAAAAAAGGGAUUCAGUAUUAACUCCUAAACAGCAGAUCGACAGAUUACUUCGGCCUGGAUCGUCUUACUUUAAUUUAAAUCCCUUUGAAGUGUUACAAAUUGACCCAACUACAUCUAUAGAGGAAACCAAGAAGAAAUACCGACGCAUGUCGAUUCUUGUACAUCCUGAUAAAAAUCAAGAUGAUGCAGAGCGUGCACAACAAGCAUUCGAGAUUGUUAAUAAGGCAUGGAAAACACUGGAGAAUGAGGAAACUAGAGCAAAAUGUAUGGAUGUCAUCGAAGAAGCUAAAGCCCGUACCGAUCACAUGAUUGCAGAGAAGAAAAAGAAAUUAAAAAAAGAAGGAAAAGCUGAAGGUUCCAGCAUGCUCGAAGAAGAAUCUGAAGAAGGUUACGGACAUGCUGUUUGGGUUAUGACGAUGAAACUCUUUGCUGAUAUGGAGCGAAGAAGGAGAGAAUUAGCUACUAGAGAUGCGGAACAACGUAAAAGGAAACGAGAAGAAGAGUUAUCAGCGGAAGCGCAAGCUGCGUUAGAACGUGAGUGGCAAAAAAAUUUCGAAGAGUCGCGACAAUCAAGAGUUGAUAGCUGGAAAGCUUUUCAGUCCGGUUCUAGUGCUACAAAACAAAAAAAGGCCAAGAAAUUGAAAGCAUUCAGGCCUCCAAAAACGAAAGCUGAAUCACGAUAAUUAAACAAUUCUUGUUCCUGAUGCCUGACAUAGAUUCUUUCAUUUGACAUGGUGUUUCAUAUUCCUUGUAAAGUGAAAGUAGUUUGAGUAGCAUGUUUUCAUCGUGUGACAUCAAAUCACUAAGUUCAUCAAAACCAAUCGGAAUUGUUCUCAUUUUUAAUUAAUUUGUUAAUUAAAAAGUUGUGAUUCGAAGCUAGUUAAAAAUAUGUUCAAUCUCGUGUCAAAAUAGAGAGUGUGUUAUAAAAAAAGCGACUAGUAAGUUGAGUAACAAAGUAUGAAAAUGAAUAAUGUAUGUGCAUCUUCCAAGAGUUAUUGGCGUGUUUGCGGAAUAUAUGUGUGUGUGUGUGCGCGCGUGUGUGUGAGUGGAUACAUAGUUGUGAUACGUUUACAUGGCCUGAUUAAGUUAAAUCGUAAUGUACAAUCUUAAUGUGACAAAUUAUUUCAAAAUUAUAUGAAUAAUACUGGUCGAUAUGUAUAAAAACUGAAGGUGACGAGGUUACCGAAAACCCUCUCCACCUCCGAUUUUGAUGACCUUGAAAUAUGUUGGCAAGGACAUAAUUCUAAACAACGUUUCUCGAUACAUCUAAGCGGCGAUUGGUUUAAGUUUUCGAGAUAUAAUAUCUUACUUAAAGUUAGAGUAAAAUAGCGGCCCGGGGACUUACCCCCGGUCGAGGGUUGCGAGGGUCCAACUGUUGCGCGUUGACAUUUCUCAGAAUAACCAUGUAUUUACACAACUGCGAGGUGUGCUACAAUAUGUAAAGUUUGGGCUCCAUUUUUCUCUACCUUUAAGUCAUUGUCGCUGUACAUAUAGUUCAAAUUGAAAUUUAGUAACUUGGUUGAAGAAUGCAUCAAUUCUUUAGGGACAGGUAAAAUGUUUAACCCUUUGGCCUACAACCACGAGUGAGACUCGUGGUCAGGAAUUUGGGCCAUAAACAAUAAGCACGAGUCUCGCUCGUGGUACUUCAUUCGGACUUCCUACCUUCGUGUUUACUAUGGUCCGAACAAUCAGGCGAUAACGUGUAGGUCAAGAUGUUCAAAAGAUAUUAUAACUCAAAAACUAAAAUGAGCCACCACUUACACGAAGCGAGAAAAGUUGUCCAAAAUGUAUAAAUGUUAUUGCGCAUAAUAUACAAACUUUUAGAACGACUUUACUGUGUUCACUGCGUUUACAAAAACAGUAAACAAGAAAUUGCGAUCUGCUACACGAGCCUUGCGCCGCUACGUAUAGCCUAAUAAUACUGAACAUUUUUGCAAAUACCUGUCUCGAAAAACUAAAUCCGACCACCAUAUACUAGGGAAAAGUUGUUCAAAAUAACAACAUAUUUUUAUGUCAUCAAAAUCGGAGCGAGAGGGGGGGGGGAAGCUUCGGCAAAUUCAUCUUUAAGACAGUCUACAUUUAUAGCAUAUAUUGUUGCAUAACAAAUGUAAUAUAUAACAAAGUUUAUUAUGUACCGAGUAAUUCUUAUGAAGUCAUCAACGUAAUUAUCUCUUAAAUUCGAGGAUAUCAAAGAACUCUCAAUACAAAAGAUAGUUGUAGCCUCUGAAAAUAGCAUUUCUUCGAACAAAACACAUUUUAAAAUUUGUCUUUAAACAGAGAUGAUCAUGUCGAUCGCUUUAUGAAAAUCACUGUACAUGUAUACAUAUAUAUACACACAUAUAUAUCAUAUUUUUAUCUCAAAUGUACAAUUAAAUGACGUGAUGCUUAAAUGAAAAAGAAACAUUUCUUAGCUUUUCAAAUCCUUUCAAAUUGCUGUGAAAAGUUUACACAUAUCGAAACGAUAAUCGGUCAUUGAAUGAAUGCUAAUUAUAUCCUAAUAUUAUAAUACAUUUUUUUUAAUUACGAUAGAUAAGUAUAAAAAUAUGUUUCCUUGUAUAGAACAUAAUCUCUGUUUAUAUAUCCCAAGAAAACUCGACAUUGUUACAUAUUAGUGCUAUAACUGCACAAAGUACUAUGUACCAUGUAACAUCCCGUCACAUUAUGUUUAUAUUUCACGAUGUUUUAUGUCUGUAUGUUAUACUCACAUGAAGCAGAUAAAAUCACAAUUUCCUUGGCAGUUUAUUUUUCCUCGGUUGCUUCAUUUUUUGUUUAUUAUCAAUUCAUUUAUUUCCACAGCAAUAAUCAAUCACCGCGUUUAAGUUUAACACGUUAGCCAUAUUAACGUACAAAACAUUUUAAUUACCCAUUCCGGUUAUUUUAAUGUGUUUUUUAAAUAUAUAUUUCAUUCGAUGCUCAAAGUAUGAUGAAAACAUACUACAUUUUUGUUCUCAUUUUAUAGGAUAUUUCAAAUGGAAUGAUACAGUUAUAAUUUUUAGUAUUGCUGUUAUCAGAAUAACUUAACGGGCCAUGUAAUCAUGACUUCCGGUGUUCGAUACGUUAUCGAGUAACAAAUGUUACAUCUCAACGUACACUUGGUCCAAUUGUAAUUUGUAAGAUUAUUGUAAGGAGAAAAAUUUCUAAGGCGUUUUCUCAUUGCAAAUCAUUUUGGAUAGCGUUAUUAACAUAUGAAAGUCAAUGUCGUACAAGUGCCGACGGGAAUGAACGUGAAGAAUCGUAGGAAAAAACUUUCAUUAAUGAUAUUAAACAGCAUAAGUGAUCAAGUGAAACGAAACUGAUUUGUAGCGUUUCGUCUUUUUUAUAAUUCAUUGCGAAUCAAGAAUGUCAAGGUUUAUUAUUAUUAUUAUUUCAUGCAGUAUCAGUGUGGGUUUUCUGUUGUACGAUGCCAUAAACUCCAUUAAUAUCGUUUUGUACAUCAGCGUAGUAUCGAUAAUCGGUUCACUAUUAGAUAAUACAGAGUAACACAUUAAAUAAUACACACUGGAAAGACGCCUCGUUUAUUUAUAACAAGUAUACAAUUCUAAGUGAUAAACAAUGAAUAUCUACUCGUAUUUUUUAUUUUCGUACAUGGCAAUUUUUUAUGUUGUGUAAUAUAAUAAAUUAAACUGUAAGAAUUCUGCAGUAGACAGAAUUCUUUGCAAAUCUUCAACAUUUUUUUUAUACAAUUUACGACUAUUCAUCCAUCUGUAUGUAUAUCAAAUGCUCGAGUACAUGGUAGUAUUAUUUAAUAGAAGAAGAAAUUCGCUUCACAUUUGUAUACUAAAGCAUCAACGAUCAUUGAUUAUUUGUAUUGUUCCUUACUUAGUUGAACCAUUCAUUAUUAAUAUAUUCGUCUUGUAUGUUAUGACGUCCAUAAGAUAUAAAUGUAAAUACAAUACAUACGAAGUA